UUCUAAUUAAAGAGUUUAUUAUAAAAACUAGCAUCUGCAAAGUCUUCUUUAGGAAAUGCUAAAGUGGCAGUCAAACAUACAAAUAGAAAUGUAAAUAAUCCAAAAGCAAAGCUACUAAAGAUGAUCUUUCUGAUAGCUGAAGUAGGUCUUACUGGUCUUAACAUACUAGGUGAUGAAUGAUGCAUCAAAAAUGCAAAUAUUGCUGUUGAUAUCAUUUAUGGCAAUGCAUCAAUAUUGAACCAUUGCAUCUCUUAGAUUUAUGUUCCUUCUACCUAUAUCAUAUAUUGAAUAGACCCCCCAAGCAUGGCAAGGAUUGUUAAAUAACGAGCCAAAGCAACAGUCGAUUAUACUAUUUGAAUACUAGCUACAUCUUUAAAGGAUAAAAUUCCACAAAGAGCAAAGAAUAUUAUAAUCCAAAACCAAUAUUAUUCAACUAGGGUGAUAUUUUAGAAAACUUCACUAAAGU